AUGCAAGCACAGCCCGAUAAAAAUUUUAAAUUUAUUCUUGUCUAUCAAGAUCACUUAACUAAAUUUGUUUUACUGCGCCCAUUAACCCACAAGCGCGCGGAAAAUGUCGCUUGCGUUCUAUUGGACAUUUUCACUACAUUUGGUGCACCUUCGAUACUUCAUAGCAACAACGGUCGAGAAUUUGUUAGUACAAUUAUGAGUGACUUAUGUAAUAUGUGGCCUGGACUUAAAAUAGUUCACGGAAAACAACGACAUUCUCAGAGCCAGGGCUCUGUCGAAAGAGUAAAUCAGGACAUUGAAAAUAUGAUAGCUACUUGGCUUCAGGACAAUAACACAAGAAGAUGGAGCGAGGGGCUGAAAUUUAUUCAAUUCAUGAAAAACCGAUGUUUACACCAUGUGAUUAAAUGUUCACCAUACGAGGCAAUGUUUGGUACACAAGCUAAAGUUAAACUAGCCACUUCAUCACUUCCAAAAAAUUUUGCCUUCAUAUUGAAGAAAGAAGAAGACUUGGAAGAAGGUUUAAAAAAAACUGUCGUAUGCCCGAUCGGUGAUGGAAAUGUCAAUAUUAAUAAUGAAGUAAACGAAGUACAAGACAAAAUAAUAAGCGAUGACAUUUCCACAAAGAUCAAAUCUAUUGAUCAGAAAAGGUCCAGCUUAUUCCAAAAUUUACAAAAACAAGCUACGAAAAUGAAAGGAGCGUCAGGAAAUAGAUUUUGCAAAGGAAAAAUUGGCGAUAAUGUGAUAAUAAGAAUACCCAAUGUAGACAGAGCAAGAUGUGGCCAUCGAAAUAUUCUAAGUGUCAUACUUUCUGUAAAAGACAAUUUGUAUGAAAUUGGGACCAAGGAAGGAAAAAUAAAUCAAAUGUUUUGUCGUAACCAAUUUAAGUUAUACAAGGAGUCUCUUAUUACAACCGACGAAGUACCUGAAAAUAUAAUUUUACUAAGAGAAGUAGCUUGA